AUGAACCCCGUAAAUCAUCCCUUCGGCUCUGGCAGUAAUAGAUACCAAACCUCCUCUGCUCCAUCUCACAGCACAAGAGCCGAGACGUCAUCUUCGACAAGCUCGCUCAUGCACUCUGCCCACGCAACUAAAUCCAAUUCUGGUUCAACAGCAUCUCCGGCCUCGGCUUCUGAUAAACCUACUCCCGCCAUGAUUUCUACACGUCCAUUGCUUGGGGACAUGGUUGUAUCGAUCAACCGUCAAAAGAUGUUCAGCGAUGACUCUGAGUGGACAGCCCAAUUUCUCCUGAAGGAGCUUGGACGCACGCCUUCCGGCUCGCUGUCUAUCGAUCAGCUCUUGUACGCUUGCCUUUGUGGUGAGGUUGAUGACAAGUUGCGCUGCAACAUAGAGACUGCGGGAAUCACUCUCGUCUGGAUCUUGUCAGGCACUGACCAGCUGGGUGUCAUUCGUAACGAUAGUUCGCUGAAGGCUGCCGUCGUGGAUCACCAGAACCACGGCAAGUACACUAUGCAUCUGUACGUCGUCAAGUUGAGAGAUGACAAUGUCGUCCUUCCUGAGGCACAAGUUACCUCCUCGAGAACCUUCAACCUGCCCAAGCUCUCCGCCUUGAACAAUCAAUCCAUCCUCAGCCCUGACCCCGGAGACCAGGACAAUACUCCUAAGCCGGGUUUUACUUCCACCUUUUCCCACCAAAGUCGAUAG